CUUACACCAUACAUUGAAAUUUUUUACUAAUAAUUUUUUCAGCUAAAUUUAUAAAAUUAAUUAAGAAAUACCUGAUAGUACUUAGAUUUGCCAUUGUUUGCUGUAUAUUUUAAAUUAUAAUUGAAAGAAGUUAUUUACAUUUGUAGUAAGUAGUAUGACAGGGAUUGUAGAUACUGAGGCGUGGAGGGAGUUUUUCUCCGUGCUACAAACCUUGCCGGAGCUUUGGAAGAUCAAAGCGGAUGUCUUUAAAGACAAACAUAAGAAAAAAAUUGCAUUUUCAAAACUAUUGGAAGUAUACAAGUCCAUAGACGGCAACGCGAAUGAAGACACCGUGAAAAAAAGACUUCAAAAUAUAAGAAGCUGCUACCGCAGAGAGUGUAAAAAAGUCGAGAGGAGCCGAAAAUCUGGAGCUGGCGUCGAGGAGGAGUAUGAACUAACGUUAUGGUACUUUGAUCUAGUUGAGUUCUUGAGGGAUCAAGAAAUCCAGUUGAGUGGUACGUCUACCGUCGACUUGGAUGAUGGAGAUCUUGAGUUACCAACGGAAACUCAUGAGCCGGGGCCCAGCCGCAAAAGGAGAAGAACUAAUGAUGAGCACCUAGAGGAGAGGAAUGCGCUACUUAAAGACGCGCUGGCCCAGUUGGCAUCCUCAGAAAAGCCUAAAGAUGAUGCCAGCACACAUUCUGAAAGUUGGGCAGUUUCACUUAGGGAGCUUGCGCCGCUCCAACAAAUAUAUGCCAAAAAAGCGAUACAAGACAUUUUCACGCAGGGCAAUUGGGAGCUCUACGGUUGACUACAGUAAAUGUUGCUGAAGCCUUAGCAAUUUCAAGUGAACAUAGCGGUGAAUAACUUUCCCUCCUUCCUUUCUGUUAUUAUUUAAUCAUAUAGUUACAUAUAAAUACAUACUUAUAAAAUCAAAAAUACAAAUUGUUGUUUUCAUUUAUAAACAAACUUUGCCAAGGCACUGUUCCAACUCCAUUAAAAUACUUUGUGUAUUUGAUUCUUGUUUCUUUUGCUAUUAAA